AUGCAACCCAACCUCAACCAGACCUUUAACACGCCCGCAAAUAAUUUUGUGCUCCGCACGUUCCAGAUCUUGGCCGCCAAGGUGAAGCCCCAGAAUCCCGAGUCUUCGCCCAUGUUCAAGGACGUCUUGGGCCGUUCGAUGCAGGCAAAGAUGAUGAUCGCGGACGAGACUGGUAUGAUGGCCGCAAUGAUGGGCGGUGGCAGUGGGGGUGUUUCGUUUACAACUGAGAUUAAGCAGCUGGCUAGGACGAUUGAUCAGUUUCCUUCGGCAUGA